ACGCACUAAUAGGUAAGGUAUUGGGUAGUUUUUUAAGUUUCUAUUGUGUAUUUUCUUCUCUACAAUCUUGCCCUCUAUAAUUUUAAGGAACAAAUUUUACUUCAUUGUCAGGGUUUUUGCGUUUUUAUGCAAAAAAUUAUCCGCCAUUGUUAGGGUUUUUCAAGCUUCGAAUUUGGGAUUAAUGGCGGACGGAAGCACUCCAUGCAGAAUAACUAGAGGUAUACCCACUAAUGUGCAGUAUUUUGAUGAUGCUCCAUCUUUUGAUUUGUGUAUCUCUCAAGAUGAACAAGAAAUUGCAGGCUCUGUUUCUAGAGUGGCUGCCCAGAGUAGUAGUAUCAAACGAAAAGAUGGAGUUCAGACUCCGUCAAAUUCCAAAGCAUCCGUACCUAGUACUGAUAAGCGGAGAAAACUCAUCGAUGAUGCUUCAGGGAGCAAGGGAAAAAAUAUUGUUGUAGAUGUGCCUCAAAACACAGUGGAGUUAUUUGUGAAAGAUCCUCCUACACAUUCGGUGCACAUGAGUUGUUACACAAAUACGGAGGUAUUUAAACAGCUUAAGGACAAACUAACCGCUGGGCAGUACAAAUUAUUCGGGGAUACUUGCUUUGGUGUAUUCCUCCAGAUGCAGCACUGUGAGGUCCAAGCACAGAUGGUGAGGUGCUGCAUGGUGAGAGAGCUCACGGAUAGUUCUAACGAUGUUUUUUUGAUGGACAUAAAUGGCAGGGAAUUGCGCUUUUCUAUUAGGGAAUUUGCACUCAUAACUGGUUUGAAGUGUAUUGGCGAUGAAGACGAUUUUACAGUCAACCGAAAACGGAAAAACAGGAUAUUGGAACAAUAUUUUGGUGGGUCUAAAAAAUUGCCAAAAAAGGCGAUUUGGUUGAUUGCUUCAUGGACAAAAAUUGGGGCCUCAAUGAUGGCGAUGCCGUUAAGAUUGCUAUAUUAUAUUUCAUACAUACGUAUAUCUUGUCCAAUGAGAAGAAUGCUACAAGGAUACCAAGGCUACAUUUUGAAUUGGUGGAGACUGGUAGAUACAGAGAUUUCCCAUGGGGUAAGUUAGCAUUCCGCGAUUUGAUCAAAAGUAUCAGCCAGAAGAUGACUGUUGAGAAAAAGUUUUAUAGGCUUCAUGGAAUGCCCCUUGCCAUGCAAGUAUGGUUGUACGAGUGUUGUUCAUGUGUUGACAACACUCAUGCGGUUAAGUCGGGUGACAACAUCCCCAGAAUUCUUAAUUGGAGGACCAUAGAAAGCCAACCAACUUUUAAAGACCUGAUGGACGGCAUGUUUAAAGAA